GACUCAGGACUCCAUUUUACAUUCAGUGUCUGCUGAACACCUCACUGGAGGUGGAUGCAAGUUGCUGUUUGGACUUCAGUAGAGAAGUAUGACUUAUGGACUUCAGUGAGUACAACUAUACCUAAAGACUAUGGACUAUUGAUUAAGAAUGAUACCCUGUGUACUCAACACAUAGAGAACUACAUCCUAUCUAUAACUGAACUUUAAUAAGAAGUAUGCCUCUAUGGCUAAUUUGUACAAAACGUUUGUGAGUAAACAAGAUAGGUUAUUUUCCAAAGAAGGCUUUGUUUUUAUCUCUGAGUGCAUAUUUUAAACUAAUAGGUUUCAAGGGAGUGUAUAUCUUUUGGGCAACUGCAACUGUAAUUUCAAUUUUAAAGGCACAACCAUCCUCUGCUAACCAAAUAUUUUUUGUAGUGUCAUGUCUUUGUUAGUUCAUAGACGUUGUUCUUCAGUUUAAUGGCUAAGUUACCUGUGUGCCAUGACAUGAAUGCUUAUGAAUAUCACUUGUCCAAAGAGUUGACUUCUAACAAGGCCAAAGAAACAACCAUCCUCUGCUAACCAAAUAUAUAUUUUGUAGUGGCAUGUCUUUGUCCUUGACAGUUCAAAGACAUGGUUCUUCAGUUUAACAGCUGAGUUACCUGUGUGCCAUUACAUGAAUGCUUAUGAAUAUCACUUGUUCAAAGAAUUGACUUCUAACAAGAUCAUUCUUUUCUUGACUAGUGGUUUUCAAAAGGUGGUCUCCACAUGUUCAUAGAGAUUCACAUUUGCCAAAUGGAUAUGACAUCAUUUUUCAUUUUCAAUAAGGUUAUUAUUGUCAUUUACAGUAGAGUCUCACUUAUCCAACAUUAACGGGCCGGCAGAAUGUUGAAUAAGCGAAUAUGUUGGAUAAUAAGGAGGGAUUAAGGAAAAGCCUAUUAGACAUCAAAUUAGGUUAUGAUUUUACAAAUUAAGCACCAAAACAUCAUGUUUAACAGCAAAUUUGACAGAAAAAGUAGUUCAAUACACAGUAAUGCUACGUAGUAAUUACUGUAUUUAUGAAUUUAGUACCAAAACAUCAUAAUGUAUUGAAAACAUUGACUACAAAAACAUUAACUAUUAAAAGGCAGACUGUGUUGGAUAAUCCAGAACGUUGGAUAAACAAAUGUUGGAUAAGUGAGACUCUACUGUAUUUCCAAAGGGCUAUGUGCCCAGAGACUGGGUGCAGUUAUUUUCAAUAUCUUCUUUUCAUUUUGGGCGGGUAGUCACUGGUGGGGGUUUGUGCCCUGUGUAGCUAUUUUUGUGGAGCCAUCAAGGAUCUCUUGAGCCAAGUUCAUGGGUCUUUCUAUGCCUCUCAAUGCCUUUUCUGGGGCGUGCCUUGGAGGAGAAAGACUGUAAAUCUACCAGUGUUCACAUUUGGGCAUAUUGAGUAUUCCUGCCAAGUUUGGUCCAGAUCCGCCAUUGUUUGAAUCCACAGUGCUCUCUGGAUGUAGGUGAACUACAACUCCAAAACUCAAGGUCAAUGUCCACCAAAGCUUUCCAGUAUUUUCUGUUGGUCAUGGGAGUUCUGUGUGCCAAGUUGGGUUCAAUUCUAUCGUUGGUUGGAUUGAUUGUAGGUGAACUAUUGUUGGUGAACUAUAAAUCCCAGCAACUACAACUCCCAAAUGACAAAAGGAUCAGAAAGUUCAUAAUGGCUGCUGACAAUUCGGGCUGAAUUUGUCAAAAGUUUUUUUAAAAAAAAUCCCCUCCCUCUCUCUCUCUUUCCUCCCCUUCUUCUGGAAGUCUCCGUCUUUUGAUUGUGUGUUUCCUGAAAGCAAGGCCAAUCAUUUCAGUUUAUUCACUGGCUAAACUCGACUUGAUUGGGGACAAGCAUACAAACCACCCAUUACGAUGUGAUAUAUUAUCCAAACAAUUUAGUGUAUUCAUGAGGUAACCUAAAUGUGGAGGCUGCAAAAUUACCCGUAAUCAAUUGAAGCAGAGAGUGUGCGUCCCUCUGGGUAUCUAACAACUACAUCUCUCUCUUCCCCGCCUCCCUCUCCCUCUCUCUCUCUCCCCUCUGUAAUAAGGGAGGCAUUAAAUCACUUUAGAGUUGCACUGUGGAGUACCUGAUCAUUGGGGCGACGGAGAAAGCUGGACACUGGCACUAGGACGCGGGGACUGAGGAAGGCGCAGGCUCCCUGCCUCUCUCUCUCUUUCUCUCUUUCUCCCUCCUUCUCUCUCCCUCUUUCUCUCUCUGCAGACCCCUUCGCCGGAUUCAAGGGGACCCUCAUCUGGUCAGAAGACGUGCCCUCGCCCAACACACCGGCUUCGCCUCGCUUCCACCCACACCGCCACCCCUUCUCCUCUCUCCCCCCCCCCCUCCCAAAUCCCCCUCCUUUCCUCCUUCUUUUUGGGUACUUUCCUUUUGAAGAAACUAAAACUAAAACCAUCUUGCACUACAUGUUUGGGAAACCAGACAAAAUGGACGUUAGAUGCAACACCAACCCGGAGCUGGAAGCCAACCGGUUGUCCAAGAACGGGCAUAACAACAACAACCACGCCAACAAUAAUAAUAAAGAGGGCAAGGAAGGGAAAGGCGGCGAGGGGACGCUCUCGACGGCCUUCUUGAAGGAGCAGCAAGGGACUUUUUCAGCUUCCGGCGCCGCCGUGGAAGAUUGCAAUAAAAACAAAUCCAGCUCGACUGAUCCGGAUUAUUGUCGGAGAAUAUUAGUCCGAGAUGCCAAAGGCUCCAUCCGCGAGAUCAUCCUCCCGAAAGGGCUGGAUCUGGACCGGCCCAAACGGACCCGCACGUCUUUCACGGCGGAACAGCUUUACCGGCUGGAGAUGGAGUUCCAGAGGUGCCAAUACGUUGUCGGGCGCGAAAGGACCGAGCUGGCCCGGCAGCUCAACCUCUCCGAAACUCAGGUCAAAGUCUGGUUCCAGAACCGCCGCACCAAGCAGAAGAAGGACCAAGGCAAGGACUCGGAGCUGAAGUCGGUGGUGUCGGAGACGGCGGCCACGUGCAGCGUGCUCCGGCUCCUGGAGCAGGGCCGCCUCCUCUCCCCGCCGGGCCUGCCGGGCCUCCUCCCGCCCUGCGCCGCCGCCGCCACCACCGCCGCCGCCUUGGGCUCGGCCUUGCGGGCGCCCGGCCUGGGCGGGGGCUCGGGCGGCGGGACGGGGGCCUCGGGGGGCUGCUCCCCUCACCAGCCCUCCGUCAGCAGCGGCGCCGUGGGCCCGGGACACCCUUCCCCGCCGGGCCCCCCGCCGCCUCCGCCUCACAACCUCUUCAGCCUGCCGGUGCCCUCGCUGCUGGGCUCGGUGGCCGGGCGGCUCUCCUCGGCGCCCCUCAUGGCCGGCUCGCUGGCCGGGAACUUGCAGGAACUCUCCGCCCGCUACUUGAGCUCCUCGGCCUUCGAGCCUUACUCGAGGACGGCCAGCAAAGAAGGCGCCGAGAAGAAGGCCCUGGACUGACUGGGCGACGCUUGAUACUGCUCUCGUCCCCUCUUUGUGGCGAUUAUUUAUGGAAUAUCCAUCCACCUAGAGUGAGGCGUCCCUCAUCGUGGCCACACCACAGACUCCCUCCUCAGUCCUUACAUUUCCCGUCUUCCCAACAACAUGGCCUCUCUUUUCCUCGCCCGCCUGACCCUCUCGCCCUCAGCUUCUCUUGUCUUCGUCUUGUCUUACGAAGGACAGCGCAUUUUGUUUUGGGAUCUCAGUUCAGUGGAAGAGAUGGAAAACAAGGAAUCCCUCGCCAGCCACGGAAAACACGGAGACUAUGGCGACAACAAAAUAGACCAGCCAAACCCCAACUUCCCAGGAGCUCUGGGAGCCCUUCCACACAGCCCUAUAUCUCUGAAUAUCAAGGCAGAAAAUCCCCCAAUAUCUGCUUUGAACGGGGUUAUCUGAGUUCACACUCAGACAAUGUGGGAUUUUCCGCCUUGAUAUUCAGGGAUAUAGGGCUGUAUAGAAGGGCCCUGACUUGCCAGCCAAAUUCCCCAAAUUGGUGAGAGAGAAAGGCGCCGUCUCUCUCUCUGUGUAUAUUUAUAUGUGUGUGUACGUGUGUGUAUGUAUAUAUAUGUGUACACACACACACACACAUACAUACACACACACACACAGAUGCCGCCUUUCUUUCCCAUAUAUGUGUGUGUGUGUGUGUGUGUGUGUUUAUAUAUACAUAUAUAUAAACACACACACAUAUAUAAUCUUUUGAUUUAGGCGGGAAGAACUGAGUAAGGGAGAGUCGCUGUAUAUAAGGUAUAUGCAUCUAUUCUCUCUCAGAGUCCUUUCACACAGCCAUAUAACCCAGAAUAUCAAGGCAGAAAAUUCCACAAUAUCUGCUUUGAACUGGGUUAUUUGAGGGCCCUUCCACACAGCUGAAUAAAAUCCCACAUUGUCUGCUUCAAACUGGAAUAUACAGCAUUGUAACCCAGUUCAAAGCAGAUAAUUGUGGGAUUUUCUGCCUUGAUAUUCUGGGUGAUAUGGCUGUGUGGAAGGACCCUGGGUCCACACUGCCAUAUAUUCCAGUUCAAAGCAGAUAUUGUGGGGUUUUCUGCCUUGAUAUUCUGGCUGUGUGGAAGGACCGUGGAUUAUCUCAUAUCCCACUUGUCAGAGCCUUUGGGAAAAGGAGAGAUAGGGAGAAUGGAGGGAAGGCGAAUUAUGAGAGAGAAAGAAGUCUUGGUUUGGUAGAAAAGGGCGAGCUUUGUGCUUAUUUUAACCUCAGCUGGGUGGUGCUGCUUGAAGAGGGAUUUUCAAUGUUUUGGUUUAGGCGGGAAGGGCUGAAGCCCCUUCCACACAGCUGAAUAAAAGCCCACAAUUUCUGCUUUGAAGGUGAAUAUAUAAUAAUAAUAAUAAUAAUAAUAAUAAUAACAACAACAACAACAACAACAUUAUCUCCCCCAAGGUAUUCAGGGCGGUUUCAACAUGAGUGCGAAACAACAUACAAUAACUUAACACAGCAAAAUAAACACAUCGUAAAACAAGACAAAGACAAUUCAGUUAAAAUAAGCAAUCAUAGAAUCUUCGAUAGAGGGGGCGGGAAUCAUUAGUCAGGGCAAGGUUGACAACGACAUGGUCCUUUUUAAGAAUAAGGUAACUUAUACAACAUAUCUUAGGGCCAAGAGGUGGGCAGUAUAUGGCAGUGUGGACAUAGAUAACCCAAUUCAAAGAAGAUAUUGUGGGAUUUUCUGCCCUGGUAUUCUGGGAUAUAGGGUUGUGAGGCCCCUUCCACACAGCUGAAAACCCCACAUUUUCUGCUUUGAACUGGAAUAUUCGUAACUGUGGACUGAGGUUCCUUCCACACAGCCAUAUAACCCAGAAUGUCAGGGAAGAAAAUUUCACUAUAUCUGCUUUGAGCUGGGUUAUCUGAGUCCACAUUGCCAUAUAUUCCAGUUCAAAGCAGACAAUGUGGGAUUUUAUUCAGCUGUGUGGAAGGUCCCUCAAAUAACCCAGUUCAAAGCAGAUAUUGUGGAAUUUUCUGCCUUGAUAUUCUGGGUUAUAUGGCUGUGUGAAAGGACCAUGAGGGAGAAUAGAUGCAUAUACCUCAUAUACAGAGACUCUCCCUCACUCAGUCCUUCCCGCCUAAAUCAAAACAUUAUACAUAUGUAUAUACAUAUAUAUGGGAAAGAAAGGCGGCAUCUCUCUCUCUCUGUGUGUAUGUGGGUGGGUGUAUACACAUAUAUAUACAUACACACACGUAUAAAUAUACACACAGAGAGAGCCGUCUUUCUCUCACACACAAUGGCUGCCCACCAAUUUGGGGAAUUUGGCUGGCAAGUCUAAGGCCUCUUCCACACAGCUGAAUAAAAUCCCACAUUAUCUGCUUUGAACUGGAAUAUAUGGCAGUGUGGACUGAAAUAACCCAGUUCAAAGCAGAUAUUGCGGGAUUGAUAGUCUGGGUUUUAUGGCUGUGUGAAAGGGCCCUAAUACACCGAAAACAGACCCCUCGCAUUUAUUUAUGUUUGAAUGUGACUUCAAAAGGAUGACACUUCCAUUUUUGUCUUGGCUUGGGGUUCAUAUCCCAUCCUGAAGGCAUCCCCCUUUCCCUCAAGCACAAUUGGAAGGGAAACUUUGAGACACGAAAAUAAAAAGACACCCUUAAAACUCCAUCUCUUUUCCAUGGCGUUAACCUUCCAAGACCUUGCAGUCUGUAUUCCAAAUAGGAGUUUGGGAUUUCCCUUUUCCCUCAAAGGCAGCUAAAGGCAUGAGGCAAAACCUAUUCCGACUCAGGGCCCUUCCACACAGCCAUAAAACCCAGAACAUCAAGGCAGAAAAUCUCGUAUCUGUUUUGAACAGGGUUAUCUGUGUCCACGCUGCCAUAUAUUCCAGCUCAAAGCAUAUAACGUGGGAUUUUAUUCAGCUGCGUGGAAGGGGCCCCAGAAAUGUUUCUUCACCUCAAGGGCACGUUGUUGUGGAUUUUCUUCCAACUCGCUUCCCGCCAAAACAAACAAACACCUCAAAAAGGCCUCUACAUUUGAAUUUCAACUGUAAUCUUUAUUCUAUCACGCAACCCAGAUGAAAGAAGGUGGAAACAAGCUUUUCUGGAGACGAAAAUCUGGAAGAAACCAGGGCUAUGUUAACUCGUUGCUGGUGGCUUCAAGUUCAGAGGGGCGAUGAAUCCAGUCCAGGGUUUAAAAAAUCACAAUAGGAAAUGGAGGGGGUCAAAUAUCGCCUCUUUCCCGCCUGAAUCCAAAUUUAAACUCCUGAAAGGCCAAAUAAAUAAAAAACAACAAAACCCCAAGAGGCCGAUGGCGAUGUUUGGAGAAAGGUGUACACAGGAAAACUUGAAUCUUUUCAACUCUCUGGAGGCUCUAGCAUAUCGCUUUCUAAAAAUCAUAAACCCGACCUUAAACUGGGAACUUUUUGACCACCUUUCCCUCCCUAAAAGGCUUCCCCUUCAAGUUGAAACCAAUGCAAAAUGCAACGAACGUAUUCUAGAAUUGGAUUUUGUACCGAGAGAAACAAAACAAAAACACUCUUCUGAUGUUUCUAACUCUGCAUCUCUUGAUCACCCCGUCUCUCUUUUACACGAAAUCCCAGGAUUUGAAAUUGGUUAGGAAACAAAAACCAAGGAAAAACAUUUAGCUAGUUCGGCUAUUCAAUUUUUCUCUCCCUCCCAAAAAGAAACAUUUGAGUGCGUCGCGUUUGCAGACUGCGACGACACAUGUGCCACCAAACUUUUGAACCAAAAAGGAAAAAAAGUGGAAUUGUUGAUGUAGUGGAUAAUAAUAAUAAUAUAGCAUUCAAUCUUAGACCCAGAAGAGAGAGCGAGAGAGCGCGUCCUGAGGGCGCAGCACGAAACGCGCCCUCCUCGUCGUGGUUUUAUUGUAAAUUAUUUGCGUCUGAAGUUUCUAGGCAACUAGUGAUGGAAAAAACAUGAAUGAAGGGUGCGACCGUCCCCUCUUCGACUAACCCUUGUUCUGAAUUUUUGAAUGUUUUGUAUUUAUGUGGUGAGAGUGAAAUAUAUUCUAUCUAUACCA